AUGGAGAAUAGCAAGCUCAAGUCCGACAACGCCUCUCUCCAAGCCGAGUUCAAGGCUUUCAAGCAGGAGUUCUAUACCAAGGAAACCAAGGCUUACUGGAUUUGCGAACUUGCUUGCAUCAAUUGGCCCAACCUCGGCGACAGUCUCCAGUCGCUGCUUUUCCACCACAGGCUCCUCAUGUGGAUGAAGAGCGACCGCGCAACCUACCCCAUUGAGAAGUUCUUUGCAAGAUGGUCACUGGCAUGCUCUUGA